CUUAGAAUGAGAAGCGACAGGGGAGUUCACUAACAGGGCUUUACCCACCCGCCUCGGACCACCUACGAAUGAAGUAAAACCAGACGGCAGUUUAAGCAGUGCUAUGUUAGUCAAGAUGACGACGUUAACAGAUUGAAUACCAUCAAACCCUACAACUCUGAGUCUUUAGUUUCACUUCGAUUCAUCGUUAUGUAAUGGUCAACCUGCGCAUUGUCAAAAGUGCAGCGUACGCUUUUCUGAUGAUUGACAAUGGCCAGUGUUGGGAAAAGAGCUCGAUGGAAGUGAAAAUCGGGAUUUAAAACUGUUCCGAAAUCUGAAUUCAGUUCAUAGGCGCAUACCUGGGCGGAGGUUUUAGUAGUUCAGAACAAGAAAUCUUUUAUACUGAGCUGGUUCCAGCCUCUCGGCCAUGUGGCUAGCACCCUUAGAUCCUGGAUAGGUUAUGAUGUGAGAAUGAAUUGGACUACAAUUGCCAACUGUCAUUGCGGGACAUUCACUAUCAGGUAAAUCAAUGUCGCGCAGUCCAGGCUUACCAGGCUGCUUAGGGUCACGUGGCUGUGAGUCAGAGAGACACCAACAUCCCGCUCGUAACCCAGUCAGAGUCCCGUCAGUUACAAGAACAAGACCCCAACUUCCAAUCUGAUCAGGGCCCUUACUACGCCUCACCGACCCAGAAUCCCCUCUUGUAUCAUCACCACGGUUCACGUUACCGUCCUUCGCUAGCCAUGCGUCCCGUGUCCACUACCCCCACGGCUCUCGUCUUGAUAGACAUCCAAGAGGGCUUCAAGCACCCCACGCACUGGGGCGAAUCACGCAGCACGCCGGAGUUUGAACUCAACGUCGGGAAGAUCCUAGGGGCGUUCCGCGAAUACAACGACACCACUCGACCCGAUCAAAGCCCCGAGAGGCUCCCGGCUCUCAUCAUCCACGUGCACCACCAUUCCACAUCGCCCGCAUCGGCCCUCCACCCGUCGCACUACCUCGAGGGCUCCUCGACGCCCUCCGUCGCGCCCUUGCCGUUCGCGGCACCCGUAGCGUCGGAGCCCGUCGUCAGCAAGAACUUCAACAGCGCCUUUGUCAAGACGCAGCUCGAGUCGAUGCUGCGGACCGCCGGGAUCCGGCAGCUCGUGCUCGUCGGGCUGACGACGGACCACUGCGUGAGCACCACGGCGAGGAUGGCGGCCAACCUGCAGGUUUUGGGGGACGGCGGCGGGCCUGACGUCAACGGGCACGGCGUGCACGGGGUCGUGCUCGUCCGCGACGCCAUCGCCACGUUCGAGAGGGGCGGGUUCGACGCCGAGACGGUGCAUGCUGUCCACUUGGCCAGUCUGGAGGGGGAGUUUGCUGAAGUCGUGAGUGCCGACAGCGUUUUGACGAUGCUGGGCCAGGGUCCAAGUUCUUGAUGCAAUGAUGAGAUAUUUGCAGGUCAGAGGAGCGAUGGUGUAGAGAUAUACAUGGAGGAAGGGGGAGAUGAGCUUUCGAGGAGUGGACUUGAUGAGAAAAGCAGGGAAAAUUGACCGAUAGGGACGUUACUAUGCGAAGCAUAAU